ACGGCGUGCCCAUUCCAAACUCAUAUGGGACGCGAAACGUGAACUUGGUUCAGAUGGGAAUGUUUGGCUUGGAGUAAAUGGACGCUGAAUGAGGAAAGAAUUUUGAGUGCGUGUGGUUCGGUUGAGCUCGGAAGAAAUGACUUCGUAUUUACAAGUGGCCGAGGAAGACGGCGAGGAGCCGAUUGAGCUGCCCACCGAGGACGAUGGCACUCUGCUGCUGUCCACUCUGGCCGCUGCCUACCCUGGCACUUGCGGUCUCAAGUAUCGCAAUCCAGAUUCCCGUGCCAUGCGAGGCAUUCGCCUUGUCGACGGCAGGCUACACGCACCCGAGAACGGCUGGGGCAACUCGAUAUAUUUCUGCGUCUUCCCCAAAGCAGAGAACAAAAGAAAGUCAGAUGACCACUUGGAAAAUUCCACAGCCAAGACGAAACGCAUGGAAUCAAAGCAAAAAUGCUCAGACUUGAUAGUUUUGGGUCUGCCGUGGAAAACGACAGAGCAGCAGUUGAGAGAGUAUUUUGAAGCCUACGGCGAGGUCCUUAUGGCUCAGGUAAAAAAGGACUCAAAAACGGGCCAGUCAAAAGGUUUUGGUUUCAUCCGUUUUGGCAGUUACGAAUCACAAAUGAGAGUGCUAGCUCAACGACACAUGAUUGAUGGACGCUGGUGUGAUGUCAAAAUCCCAAAUUCAAAGGAGGGCCAAGUUCAGCAAGUGCCGUGCAAGGUUUUUGUCGGGCGCUGCACUGAAGACAUGCAGGGUGACGACCUGCGCGAGUACUUCUCCAAAUUUGGCGAAGUCACAGACGUCUUCAUCCCCAAGCCCUUUAGGGCGUUCGCCUUCGUCACCUUCCUUGACCCUGAGGUGGCCCAGAGCCUGUGCGGCGAGGACCACAUUAUUAAAGGGGUCUCUGUCCACGUGAGCAAUGCCGCCCCCAAAACUGAUCCCUCCAGGGUUGGCGCCAGCGGCCGGGCGCCUGUUGACCGGAUAGGCGGCCCCUACGGAGGCAACAUGGGUGGAGGCGGUGGCGGUGGGGGCGGCAGAGGCACCGAACACAAAGCGCUCCCCGGACCUGGUGGGCCGUACGGACAGGGACCAUACGGAGGCUCCGUGGCCACCAUCGGCGUCGGCGGCACUGCUGGAGGCGGUUGGGGACAAGCGCUGCCUGGAAGCAGAGCCAAUCUAGACAUGCCAAACUUGCAGGCUUUGGGUAUAACUGGAGGCAUCGGGGCCACUGGCGGAGGUCAAGGUCCGCCUGGAGCCACACAAGGUAUGAACAACCCUAUGGGAAUGGGUGCCCUGAACCUGGGCACCCUGCCCAUGAACCCUGCCAUUGUGGCCGCUGCGCUCAACCAGGCAGCCGCCGGCUGGGGCAUCAUCGGCAACCUCCAGAGCGCCCAGGGCGGCCAGGACAACGGUCCGACGCAAGGGUUUGGCAACCCGCAGCAAUUUGCCGGGGGUGCCAGUGCCCAGGGGGGCAAUCAGGCGGUGCAACCGACCAACGUCCCCCCUGGACAAAGUGGAAACGCCGGGACCCCUAACCAGGGGGCGGGCGGCUCCAGCUUCCUCGGCUGGAUGAAUCAGGGUGGUGGCGGCGCCGAAAACCCCGGUGGGCCCAACACAAGCAACCAGGGUCCAGGCGGAGCUUCGUGGCCGCAGCGGGACAAGGGAGGGAGUUAUCUCAAGUACGACGUGUAGACUUCAAAGAACCAGCAAGUGGGGUCGAUAAAGGCUUUCAAAACGCCCGCACGCUCUCAGGAAAAGGCAUGAUUCGGGAAGUAUUCUUGGACGGGUGGGCUGACUUUUUUACAUUUGUUUUAUGCAUUGACAAGUUUGUGCAAGGUGAAUAUAUCUAUCAAUUGUAAGUUAAAACUACGAAUAUAUCUGAAGCAUUGAGCGUUGGUUGCGGGGAGCUUGAGGAUUUUUUUUACGUUUGUCUUUGCAUACGGUUAGAGAAAGUAACUCUAUUAUUUAUUAUGGAUUGAUUUCUUGCGUUGUUUUUCAUUCGUAUGACUUUGUGGAAGUUGCAGUGCAUUUUAGGGCAUGAGCGUAUUCAUAAUAAUUAACACACACACACAUACAUACACUAUCAAGCAUUCUCACACUUACACUAAACACACACACACACGCAUAAGAACCUAAGAGAGCAAAUAAUGUUGUAUAUUAUACGGAAGUUGAUGACAAAUCUCACUGUUAUUUUUAUGCUGCACUUGGAGUAAUUACGAUUUCUUUCCUUGAUGUAGAGUCGUUUGUUAUCAGAUAAAAUGAAAAGAUAAUUAUCUAAUUAAUACGAUGUCGUCUAGUUCCCAAUCUUGCUUGAGUCUUUAUUACUUUUGGACUGUGAUUUUUGCUUUAGCUUUAAACAGUUGGUUCAGUCUGGAUCCAGUUUAGUUGAAUACAUAAAUAAAUUAUAUAAUAAUUAUGAACUGCCUGCAGAGAAGUGUACGGGGUGUGGUGAAAGCCUUUAAAAUGCCUUUUCUAAAAAACAAAAGAACUCUCUGUCCGCUGUUUUCUCCCUGGCGAAAGCAAAAUAUAUGUAUCCCUCUGAAAGGUUUAUGGUUUUUCGAGUGUUGUUUGAGUGAGUCGAGCGCUCACCCCCGCAGACCACCCCCUUUUCGCUACCGUGGCGUCUCCAGUUUCCGUUCGGUCGGUUCUCGUGCAGUUCGUUUUUCUCAGAGAGACAAGAAAGAAAUACACCUGACACACUCACACGAGUUUCCCGCAAGAUAUCACGCCACCGAGUUUUCCAUCUCUAAGUUAAACUCAGUCUCUCUCUUUCACAAAAUGUUUUUGAUUUCGCCUGCGAAAGCGCUGUUUAAAAUGCUAUCGAAUCCAGCAUCGAAUUUUUACUGAGCGACCUGAUCAACGAGGCGCAUAGUUAAACAAAAUUUAGUCUUUAAACAAAAAACGAUGAAUUAAAUAUUUAAAGAAGACGCAAAACACCUUUGAAGCUGAUUAUUGGUAUUUCAUAGAAGGAAAGGAGUUGGGGAGGGAAAAAAUUAUAUUCAUACUUGUUUGUUUACUAUUGCGAUUCCUUCAUUAUCAAAGUUGUUUCAACGGGUGGGGGUUGCCUGAAUUUUUCAUUUUGAUUAAGUUUGACGCAUCAAUGUUUGACCCUGGAUUAUAUAAAUAUAGUAUAUAUUCAAAUGUAUUUGUUGAUUUAAACGAGCACAUGGAAGCAAACACAACAGAGGAAAAAAGUGUCCGCAUGCUUGUGGCGUGACAGUCGUGUGCGAGAAUCUAAUGGUUUGUAUUUAAUGAUUGACAUGGGGUUAUGUGCAGGUGUAAAUCUAAAUUAUUUACUAACAAUACUCUUAUAUUAGUGUGCAAGAAGUGUGAAAUUCACUGUAUGUUUUUAAAAUCUGUAAUUUUAAUAAAGUGUAUGAAUGAAA